AUGGUGAAAGGUACUAGAAAGAGGAAAUCGCAUUCUGUCAAGAAGCAGAAGAAAACGCUUAAACCAGUGACGAAAGUCAUCACCAUAAAUCUGAGCAAGUUGACGCACGAUGUGUGCUACAAAAGAAAGGCCCCAAGAGCCAUCAAGGAGAUAAGGAACAUUGCAGGAAAACUCAUGCACACAAAGGAUGUACGUUUGGACGUUAAACUGAACAAGUUCAUAUGGUCCAAGGGCAUCAGGAACCCACCCAAGAGAGUUCGCGUAAAAAUAGAAAGAAAGAGAAACGAAGAUGAGGACUCCAAGGAGAAAAUGUACACAAUCGUUCAACAUGUCAUGGUUGACACCUACAAGGGAUUACUUAACGAAUGCGAAGUGAAUGAGUGA